AUGAUAGACUUUAUCUUGGUCCAUGGAACGAAUUUGGAUAAUUUUUUGGAAGCUCUUCAUAUUCUUGAUCUUGGAAUAAUUAUGGGAUCCGGGUUGGAAGAGUCAAAUCGACUAACAGAAUGUGCACAAUAUCUUCAUAAUUAUUUAGUUGACGAAUAUGCUUUUGAAACUAUGGAAUCAAAAACCAUGCCAGAAUCCUCUUCAUAUAUUUGUGAUAUUGACAUACUUGACCAUCCGUCUGAAGAACAUUUCUGGACAAAAUAUUUCUUUUUACAUCAACCUGCGAAACUUGUUAAUUGCAUCGAUCUUUGGCCUGCGAUAACUAAAUGGAAAGAUCUAAAUUACCUCAUGAAGAUUGCUGGUUAUAGAACAGUUCCAAUAGAGCUCGGAAAGAAAUAUGACAACGACGACUGGAGUCAAGGAAUGUUUCGUUUCGGAGAGUUUCUUAAGACAUUCAUGUCAACUCAAAGUGACACAAAUCAAAUUGCUUAUCUCGCUCAGCACGAUCUCUUCGAUCAAAUCCCAGAACUUCGUAAAGAUUUUUCUAUUCCUGAUUAUUGUGCAGUUGGAACUGGUGAGACAAUAAUAAAAUCAUGGAUUGGACCGGCAAAUACUAUCAGCACUAUGCACACAGAUGACAAACACAAUUUGUUAUGUCAAGUAUUUGGAGAAAAAUUGAUAAUUUUAGCUUCUCCUGAUCAGUCUGACAAUUUAUAUCCUUAUGAAGGCAUGCUCAGCAAUACAUGUCAAAUUGAUCCCGAAAACUUAAAUUUCACUAAAUUCCCUCUAACGAAAAAUGUAAAAUUUCUUAAAUUAAUUCUUAAACCUGGUGAAAUUUUGUUUAUCCCAAAAUUGUGGUUUCAUUAUGUUAAAUCACUUUCUCCAAGUAUUUCACUAAGCUUUUGGUUUGAAGUCAAUGAAACAAAACCUGGAGUGGAACAAACUGCUGACUUUGAUAUUGUUAUAUUGCAAAUAAAAUUCUUUUUAUUGACCUCACGCAACGGAAUUUUGCAUAAAUUCACAAGUUUCAUUCAGCCUUUACUCAUUAAUAUUAUGAAGUUUGUUGCUUUAGUUUUGUUUUGCGUGGUGAAGUUUUCUCAUCAAAAAAUUUCAAAGCCAAAUGUUGUUAUAAUAAUGGCAGAUGAUCAUGGCUUCAACGACGUCGGUUUUCGAGGGUCAAAUGAAAUCCCAACUCCAAAUAUUGAUGCAUUAGCUUACAAUGGAGUGAUAUUGAAUCGUUUUUAUACACCACCGUUAUGCACUCCAUCAAGAAGUAGUUUUUACACUGGAAAGUAUCCACAUAGGAUGGGAAUGCAGCAUUUUGUGAUACCAGCUGACGAGCCUUGGAAAACUCCAAUGUUCUUACUAUUAAAUCAUCUUGCACCUCAUGCAGGUAACGCUGACUUUCCACUUCAGGCACCACCUGAAGAAAUCGAGAAAUUUUCAUACAUCGAAGAUGAAACAAGACGGGCUUUAGCAGCAAUGAUAUCAAUCAUGGAUCGAAGUAUUGGGAAAGUUGUCUCAGCUUUGGAAAAGAAUGAAAUGCUUGCUAAUACAAUAAUUGUUUACUAUAGUGACAACGGUGGACCUACGAUUGGUUCUCAAUCAACAAGAGCAUCGAACUAUCCUUUAAGAGGGCAAAAAAGGUCACCAUGGGAAGGUGGAGUGAGAACCAAUGCUGUAGUUUAUGCACCAUUUCUUAAGAAAUCAAAAGAGUUGACUAACCAGCUUUUCCAUGUGUCUGAUCUGUUGCCAACGUUGAUGAAACUUGCUGGAAUAAAAUUAAACAAUGAAAUGAAACUUGAUGGUGUUGAUCAGUGGAAAGUUAUCAAUGAAGGUGCAAGAACAACUCGAACUUCAAUAGAAAAUUUCGACAACAUAGUCGGCUUUGGGUCUUACAUUCGUCAACAAUAUAAACUUGUCAGAGGUACAACAAAUAACGAGUAUGACGGAUGGUUGUCAAAUAAAACUAGUUCAGGAAUAAUCGAAGAUGUUGCUAACGUUGCGAACGUUUUGAUCGAUGACAACUCUCUCCAGAAGCAAGAAAUGCCAAAUGUUGUUAUAAUAAUGGCAGAUGAUCAUGGCUUCAGCGAUGUUAGUUUUCGAGGAUCAAAUGAAAUUCCAACUCCGAAUAUUGAUGCAUUAGCUUACAAUGGAGUGAUAUUAAAUCGAUUUUAUACACCACCGUUAUGCACUCCAUCAAGAAGCAGCUUUUUAACUGGAAAGUAUCCACAUAGGAUGGGAAUGCAGCAUUUUGUGAUACCAGCUGACGAGCCUUGGGGCCUUCCAUUGAAUGAGAAAAUUAUGCCGCAAUACUUCAAAGAAGCUGGCUAUACGACGAAUUUGAUAGGCAAAUGGCAUCUUGGAUUCUUCCAACAACAGUAUACACCUUCAGAACGCGGAUUUGAUAAUUUCUUUGGAUACCUUGGACCUUACAUUGACUAUUUUGACUUCACUCAUAAAAAAUUCAAUCGAAACUUUUCUCGUGGAUUUGAUUUGAGACGAAAUCUUUCAGUAGCUGAAGAUUUAAAAUUCAACAAGUCAGAAACAGAAAAUUACGCAACUGAUUUGUUCAAAAAUGAAGCCGUUAAAAUAAUAGAAAAUCAUGACAAGGAAACUCCAAUGUUCUUGCUAUUAAAUCAUCUUGCACCUCAUGCAGGUAAUGAAGAUUUUCCACUUCAAGCACCACCUGAAGAAAUCGAGAAAUUUUCAUACAUCGAAGAUGAAAGCAGAAGAACUUUAGCAGCAAUGAUAUCAAUUAUGGAUCGAGGAAUUGGGAAAGUUGUCACCGCAUUGAAGAAAAACGACAUGCUUGCUAAUACAAUAAUUGUUUACUACAGUGACAAUGGUGGACCUACGUUUGGAAUUCAUUCCACGAAAGCGUCAAACUAUCCUUUAAGAGGGCAAAAAGAGUCACCAUGGGAAGGUGGAGUAAGAACCAAUGCUGUAGUUUAUGCACCAUUUCUUAAGAAAUCAAAAGAGUUGACUAACCAGCUUUUCCAUGUGUCUGAUCUGUUGCCAACGUUGAUGAAACUUGCUGGAAUAAAAUUAAACAAUGAAAUGAAACUUGAUGGUGUUGAUCAGUGGAAAGUUAUCAAUGAAGGUGCAAGAACAACUCGAACUUCAAUAGAAAAUUUCGACAACAUAGUCGGCUUUGGGUCUUACAUUCGUCAACAAUAUAAACUUGUCAGAGGUACAACAAAUAACGAGUAUGACGGAUGGUUGUCAAAUAAAACUAGUUCAGGAAUAAUCGAAGAUGUUGCUAACGUUGCGAACGUUUUGAUCGAUGACGUUAUUCACUUCAUAAAAGUUUUGACUUCAGAGACGUCAAUUGCAAUUCUCAAAGUUUCUCCUGACAAGCCAUUGACAAUUCCAAAAAUUUAUGAAUUGAGACAAAAAGCGACUGUGAAUUGUGGAAACAGCGUCGAUGAGAACAAAUCUUGUGAUUUAACGAAAGCUGCUUGUCUGUUCAACAUCAAUGAAGAUCCUUGUGAACAAAAUAACGUCGCAGAAACUUUUCCAUUAAUUUAUAGACGACUUUCAGAAUUGUAUGAUGAAGCAGUGGCAACAGCUGUUCCUUCCCGAAGAAAACCCUUUGAUCCGGCAUAUGAUCAUGGCUUCAGCGAUGUUAGUUUUCGAGGAUCAAAUGAAAUUCCAACUCCGAAUAUUGAUGCAUUAGCUUACAAUGGAGUGAUAUUAAAUCGAUUUUAUACACCACCGUUAUGCACUCCUUCAAGAAGCAGUUUUUUAACUGGAAAGUAUCCACAUAGGAUGGGAAUGCAGCAUUUUGUGAUACCAGCUGACGAGCCUUGGGGCCUUCCAUUGAAUGAGAAAAUUAUGCCGCAAUACUUCAAAGAAGCUGGCUAUACGACGAAUUUGAUAGGCAAAUGGCAUCUUGGAUUCUUCCAACAACAGUAUACACCUUCAGAACGCGGAUUUGAUAAUUUCUUUGGAUACCUUGGACCUUACAUUGACUAUUUUGACUUCACUCAUAAAAAAUUCAAUCGAAACUUUUCUCGUGGAUUUGAUUUGAGACGAAAUCUUUCAGUAGCUGAAGAUUUAAAAUUCAACAAGUCAGAAACAGAAAAUUAUGCAACUGAUUUGUUCACAAAUGAAGCUGUUAAAAUAAUAGAAAAUCAUGACAAGGAAACUCCAAUGUUCUUACUAUUAAAUCAUCUUGCACCUCAUGCAGGUAACGCUGACUUUCCACUUCAGGCACCACCUGAAGAAAUCGAGAAAUUUUCAUACAUCGAAGAUGAAACAAGACGAGUUUUAGCAGCAAUGAUAUCAAUCAUGGACCGAGGUAUUGGGAAAGUUGUCUCAGCUUUGGAAAAGAAUGAAAUGCUUGCUAAUACAAUAAUUGUUUACUAUAGUGACAACGGUGGACCUACGAUUGGUUCUCAAUCAACAAGAGCAUCGAACUAUCCUUUAAGAGGGCAAAAAAGGUCACCAUGGGAAGGUGGAGUGAGAACCAAUGCUGUAGUUUAUGCACCAUUUCUUAAGAAAUCAAAAGAGUUGACUAACCAGCUUUUCCAUGUGUCUGAUCUGUUGCCAACGUUGAUGAAUCUUGCUGGAAUAAAAUUAAACAAUGACAUGAAACUUGAUGGUGUUGAUCAGUGGAAAGUAAUCAAUGAAGGUGCAAAAACAACUCGAACUUCUAUAGAAAAUUUGGACAACAUAUCCAGCUUUGGAUCUUACAUUAGUCAACAAUAUAAACUUGUCAGAGGUACAACAAAUAACGAGUAUGACGGAUGGUUAUCAAAUAAAUCUGAAGGAAUAAUCGAUGGCGUUACUUACGUUGCGAAAGUUUUGACUUCAGAGACGUCAAUUGCAAUUCUCAAAGUUUCUCCUGACAAGCCGUUGACAAUUCCAAAAAUUUAUGAAUUGAGACAAAAAGCGACUGUGAAUUGUGGAAACAGCGUCGAUGAGAACAAAUCUUGUGAUUUAACGAAAGCUGCUUGUCUGUUCAACAUCAAUGAAGAUCCUUGUGAACAAAAUAACGUCGCAGAAAAUUUUCCAUUAAUUUAUAGACGACUUUUAGAAUUGUAUGAUGAAGCAGUGGCAACAGCUGUUCCUUCCCGAAGAAAAUCGUUUGAUCCGGCAUGUGAUCCAAUAAAUUUUGACUUCAACUGGCAGUGGUGGGAAAAUGAUUCAUGA